CUCUGUGCGAGUCAUGGACGAGCGGUUCAUCAGGAUCCUCAAGAUAUUCAAGUGGGGCCCCGACGCCGAGAAGGCGCUGGAGGUGCUCAUGAUGAAAGUCGAUCACUGGCUGGUGCGGGAGGUUAUGAGGACCGACGUCGGGGUCAACGUGAAGAUGCAGUUCUUCAGAUGGGCGGCGAAGAAGAGGAGUUACGAGCACGACACGUCCACGUACAUGGCGCUCAUACGUUGCUUAGAGGGUGUGGAGCAGUAUGGUGAAAUGUGGAAGAUGAUCCAGGAAAUGGUAAGGAAUCCUGUGUGCGUUGUCACCCCCGUGGAGCUGUCAGACAUCAUCCGGAUGCUGGGUUAUGCCAAGAUGAUAGGUAAGGCAGUUGCCAUCUUCUACCAGAUCAAGGCUCGCAAGUGUCAGCCAACUUCGCAGGCGUACAAUAGCAUGAUAAUCAUGCUAAUGCAUGAGGGGCAAUAUGAGAAAGUGCAUGAGCUCUACAAUGAGAUGAGCAGCGAGGGGCAUUGCUUCCCGGACACCGUGACUUACAGCGCGCUCAUCUCUGCUUUCUGCAAGCUUGGUCGCCAGGACUCAGCGAUUCGGUUGUUAGAUGAGAUGAAGGACAACGGGAUGCAGCCAACUGCUAAGAUAUAUACCAUGUUAAUAGCUUUGUUCUUUAAAUCGAACAAUGUGCAUGGAGCAUUGCGUUUGUUUGAAGAGAUGAGACAUCAGUACUGCCAACCAGAUGUAUUCACUUACACUGAGUUAAUCAGGGGACUUGGUAAAGCUGGGAGAUUCGACGAAGCAUGUAACUUCUUCCAUGAAAUGCGGCGAGAAGGCUGCAGGCCUGACACAGUUGUUGUGAAUAAUAUGAUAAAUUUCUUGGGCAAGGCUGGUCGUCUGGAUGAUGCUAUCCAGUUAUUUGAGGAGAUGGGAACAUUGCGGUGUGUUCCUAGCGUGGUCACAUAUAACACUAUAAUAAAAGCGCUUUUUGAAUCUAAAUCUCGUCUUUCUGAGAUUUCAUCAUGGUUUGAGAGAAUGAAGGCAAGUGGAAUCUCCCCUAGUCCAUUCACCUACUCAAUUUUGAUCGAUGGAUUCUGCAAAACCAACAGGACAGAGAAGGCUAUGAUGCUACUGGAGGAGAUGGACGAAAAGGGCUUCCCUCCAUGUCCAGCGGCAUAUUGCAGCCUGAUUGAUGCUCUUGGAAGAGCUAAACGGUAUGAUCUUGCGCGUGAGCUAUUUCAGGAACUAAAAGAAAAUUGUGGCUCCUCCAGUGCUCGAGUGUAUGCAGUGAUGAUAAAACACUUGGGGAAAGCUGGACGGCUUGAUGAUGCUGUAGAUCUUUUUGAUGAGAUGAACAAACUUGGAUGCACUCCUAAUGUUUAUGCUUACAACGCUCUCAUGGCUGGGUUAGCAAGAGCAGGCAUGCUUGAUGAAGCUCUUACUACAAUGAGAAGAAUGCAAGAGCAUGGGUGUAUUCCUGAUAUAAAUUCAUACAAUAUUAUCCUGAAUGGACUGUCAAAAACAGGAGGUCCUCAUCGUGCAAUGGAGAUGCUUUCUAACAUGAAACAGUCUGCAAUAAAACCAGAUGCAGUGUCAUAUAAUACUGUUCUUGGUGCCUUGAGUCAUGCAGGCAUGUUUGAGGAGGCAGCUAAGUUGAUGAAAGAGAUGAACGUGCUGGGAUUUGAGUAUGACCUUAUUACAUAUUCAUCUAUACUCGAGGCGAUUGGAAAGGUUGAUCAAGAAUGAACACAAAAUUUCACCAUUGCAUCUGUCGGUAGCAAAAGCUAUGCUUCUUUUCGUGCUAUUCAAGUGAACUUUUACAUGCUGAAAUCAUGGAAGACAGCAAGGGAGUCCGAAGUAAAAGGUGUGUAUUUCACUGUUCUACUAACAGGAGGUCAAAAUCAUCCUAUGUCCUGUCAUCUUUUUUUUUUGAUUAUCUACAGCUGCCUAAAUAUAUUCAUUUUGUGGACGGUUUCAGAAAUGAAUUUUGUUCUUUAAGGUGCAAGGGCACGGGGUGAUAUUACUGGAAACUAGUAAAACCCAUAAAAUGCGACAGAUUAAAUUUCAAAACACAACAGAAAGUUAUCGAAUAUUCAUUUUAAAUUCGUUUCUAGUAACAGGAUAAUAUCUCAUCAGCGUCUUCAUCACGUGACU